CCCCCGGCGCCGCGCCCCUCGAGGCUGGGCCGAGGCUCCGGCCCCUUUAAGUCCCUUCCCGGCACCGCCCCCCCCGGGCGCUGACAUCAGCCCUCAAAUAGCCGCGCGGCUUGGGUGCGGCCCCAUCCCAGCAUCGCUUCGAGUCGCCACCAGCAGACACUGCACCGUUGCCAUGGCAAACAGGGGACCAGCCUAUGGACUCAGCCGGGAGGUCCAGCAGAGGAUUGACCGGCAGUAUGACCUGGACCUGGAGCAGAUCCUCACCCAGUGGAUCCUGGCGCAGUGCGGCUCCAACAUCCAGGCACCUGAGCCCGGGCGUGAGAAAUUCCAGGAGUGGCUGAAAGAUGGCACGGUGCUCUGCAGACUCAUCAACAGCCUCUUCCCAAAGGGCCAAGAGCCAGUGGCCAAAAUCCAGGCCUCAGCCAUGGCCUUCAAGCAGAUGGAGCAGAUCUCUCAGUUCCUGCAGGCUGCGGAGCGGUAUGGCAUCGCCCCCACUGACAUCUUCCAAACCGUGGAUCUCUGGGAAGGGAAGAACAUGGCCAGUGUGCAGAAGACCCUGAUGAACCUGGGAGGUCUGGCUGUUACACGGGAAGACGGGCUCUUUGUGGGAGACCCCAACUGGUUCCCCAAGAAAUCCAAGGAGAACCGCCGGGGCUUCUCAGAGGACAAGCUGAAGGAGGGUCAGAAUGUGAUUGGGUUGCAGAUGGGCACCAACCGGGGUGCAUCCCAGGCAGGCAUGACAGGCUACGGGAUGCCACGCCAGAUCCUCUGAUCAGCCCACACGGCAGCACUCCCUCUCCCCUGUCUCCCACCCCUCCCACUAGGGUUUAAUAUAUUUGUCUACAGUCUAGAAAAUCAGGGCAUGGUACCUUGAAUAUCCCCAGCAAACCUCUCCAGUGUAACCUGCCAGGGCCUCACACUGAGUCUGCCUUCAAAUCUCCCCAUUCCAGCACCUCGAGGGGCUCUUGUCUCCAGUGCAAGACCCAAAUGCCCCCAUACUGUUGUACACCCCAGUUCUGUAGGGACCAAACUCCAUUUCCAUGUGGACCAAAUGAGUGUCUAGGCUGACACUGGGACCAGUCAAGGCUUGCCCCCCCGGCUGCCAAGGCCAGAUCUCUCCUGCUUGGGGCUCUGAAGUGGCAAACCUGCCUCUUCCAUUCCAGAUAGCAAGGUUUGUGGCUUUGCUGAACUGUCCAUAGUCUUAGGACCACGAAUCUCCUUCGCAGUUACAGCUGGCAGCUGUCCUAUCUAAUCCGGUGCUUGUGCUGCAGAGCUGUCUGCAUUCUCUCCUGUGCUAGGUAACAAAACCCAGGCUCCAGCUGCUGGGGCUCAGAAGAAAGGCUGCAGUACCUUGCAAGGGGCUUGGGACAGGGCAUUGUCAGCCAGCGGGUCCCCCUCCCUCAAGGUUUGGAGCAGCUGUGCUCUCACCAGGUCUGGAGGAGCUAGGAAGUGCUCAGCCCUUCCAUGGGAGUCCAUUGCACCAUGACCCCAGAGCUAGCUAGCUCCCCAGAGCUGUGGGCCAUAGUGCUCCUGGUGACGUGUUGCUUGACCCCAAGCCCUGCUACUCCAGCAGUGCUGCAUGCCUGGCUCUGGAGCUAGGCUGGAGCUGUCUCCUGUGCUCUGAUCACUGUGGCAUGUGCCUGAGGUCACCAGUUGGAAUAAAGAUCACUCAAAUCUUGUUUAUAA